UCUUCACCUCGGAGCUUUCUCACCAAGCGCCUCCACUCCUCGCCGUCCCAUUCCCAGUUUAAUGGACGUUUGCUUUUAAGUUAUGGUUAGAUCCGCUGUCCUGAUGACAUUUCCACGCGGCGUCGAGAAAUUUGGUGGUCUGUUCGUGUUUGGAUUGUUUCCGAUUCCUGGUUCAAUUGCAGAUCUCUGAGGAAGUGGAUGUUUGAUCUAGCAGCGGUUUCUGCAUUGCUUUUUUUGGGAAUUACCAAGGGAAAAGCCAAAUAGAAAUUCAGCACCAUGGUCUCAGAAAGGGAUUUGUUUGAGGUUUCAGGACCUGUACAUUUAACCUCUGUGAACUGGAACUGUCCACAUCACCAGAGAUCUAUUGCUGCUAGUCUGGUUCAGGGUGCAUAUGUUCUAGAGCGUGACCGUCAGCAAAACCGCCAUGGUCCAGAAGCUCAUGCACCAGCCUGGUGGGAGAAUUUUGAUUUCCAACUUAUCCGUAAACUGGUUGAUGUUGAUGAUUUAUCCAUCUUUGGUGCCAUCUAUGAAUUCAAACCCCCUUGCUCCAUCCAAAACUCAUCAAAUGGCAAUUCCCCAAAAUUUGUCAUUGCUUUCCGGGGAACUGUCACCAAGAAAGAAUCAUUUUCUCAGGAUCUUAAGCUGGAUUUCCUCUUCUUAAAAAGUGGCCUUGAUCAGACUCCCCGCUUUGAAAUUGCAAUGCAAGCUGUUCGGAACCUGGUUUCAGCUGGAAGUCAGAAUGUAUGGUUAGCUGGUCAUUCUUUGGGGUCAGCAAUUGCAACACUUGCUGGAAAAAAUAUGGCUAAGACAGGUAUCAAACUUAGAACUUUUCUCUUUAACCCACCGUUCGUCUCUGCCCCGCUGGAGAGGAUCAAAGAUAAGAAGGUGAAGCAAGGAAUCAGGAUUGCUAGCAGCUUUAUCACAGCUGGACUUGCAGUGGCUGUAAGAGGCCAUAAUAAUAGGUCUGAAGGUUCCUUUGCCAUGCUAGCAUCAUGGGUUCCAAAUCUUUUUGUUAACCCAGCUGAUCAUAUCUGCUCAGAAUAUAUUGGUUACUUUGAACACCGGAAAAAGAUGGAGGAGAUUGGAGCAGGACAUAUAGAGAGGCUGGCAACACAGAACUCUCUUAAAGAUCUUUUCUUGAGUGCACUUGGUAAGGAGUCUGAGCCAUUGCACCUUCUUCCAUCAGCAAGAUUGACAGUAAAUUUGAGCCCUUCCCCGGACUUCAAGCAGGCACAUGGCAUCCAUCAGUGGUGGAGGCCGGAUCUAAACUUGCAAUGCAAGGAAUACAUUUACAACUGAAAUGAAACACAAUGUUUGUUACAGUUGAUAUGAAGCACAGCACUUUCUUGUUCUCCUUUAAUGUAGGCAGUAGUAUGGCAACAUUAAAAGUGUGCAACUUCAUAGGUUAUCAAUAUAUUGUGAAGUGUCUGUUGUCAGAUAAGCUGUAUGUUUCAUCACUUUCAAAGCACACCGAUUAGUGAAUUUUGAUUAGAUGAUCAAGGUACAUAUUUCAUGGCCCUUC